AUGUCAGUCGACAUCGACUGGAAAACGCUGACUGAAGGGCCAGAUGGCGCACGACUGGCUGAAACCAUCAGGAGCUUCGUGCAUGAGAGAUUUCAACACAUUCCGCUACCGCGUCUGAUCCGCUCAGUGAAGUGUCGGUCAUUCGACUUCGGAUCGGUCUCGCCACACAUAGUCUUAAAGGACAUUGGCGAUCCAUUGCCAGACUUCUACGAAGACGAGCAAGAUGAGGAAUCAUUACCAAUUGAGGCUCACAGCCAUUCGGCGGAAAAGGUGACUGACCAUGGAGCGCCACGCAACAAUCGUCACGCAGGUUUCUCGGAUCAUCUGGGAAGAGCUGCGAGCCCGAACUUUUCUCGAGCUGGCACCCCCGGUAUCUUAGGAGGCACUUCGAAUCUGGGCUACUUCCACUUGCCACUGUCUGCAGGACUGUCUGGUACAACUACGCCGCUAGCUGCUGUAGCGGGGGCCCAGUUCCAGCAGAACGCUCAGUAUCACAACGUCCAACAUCAACACGCAGACUCAUUCAGCUCCAUAUCCCCUCCGCUGACCGAUGAUCUUUCAUCCAGGCCCACCUCGCGGGACCACAGUGGAUACUUCGACCAUAGGCAUGCCUCGGCUGUAUCGGAUGGCAGUGGCACGCAGACGCCGCCCGCUGCGAAUCACGAAGUAGCCCCUGAGGAUCUCCAGGUGGUGUUUCACGUGGCCUACAAUGGUGACGUUCGGCUUUCGCUCACCGCUGAAGUCUUCUUGGAUUAUCCUAUGCCAAGCUUCGUUGGCAUUCCGUUGAAACUCAACAUCACAGGCAUGACUUUUGAUGGUGUGGGCAUCCUGGCAUACAUUAAGAAGAAAGCGCAUCUAUGCUUUCUUGCACCCGAGGAUGCAGAAGCUUUGGUAGGCGGUGAAGCUGCUUUGGGCUCGCCAGUGGAAGAUGUGGAGAAGCCGAGGAGGGUUGGUGCGUUAUUGGAGGAUAUCAAGAUCGAGACCGAGAUGGGCGAGGUCGACAGUGGGAGACAGGUGCUGAAGAACAUGGGUAAGAUUGAGAAGUUUGUUUUGGAGCAGGUUCAACGCAUUUUCGAGGAUGAAUUCGUAUAUCCCAGCUUCUGGACGUUCUUAGUCUGA